AUGGACCCCCUGCCGUGGACACCACAACUGGACAGCGUUCUCGACGACACAGUUUCAGCUGAAGCAUGCUUGACGGCCGCAGACCUGGUCUAUCAAGUUCGCCUUCAGCUACUCUCUGCCAAGGCUAUCCAGCUUCAUCAAAUGUUGCAAACGCAGCUGAAUCAUGGUGCUCGGGGGGGGACACUAGCAGCUACGACUUUCAAAGAUGCCAAGCUGCUUUAUCAAAAGCUACAAAAUUUCCGUAUGGAACCCCCAUUGUCCUCUCAUUGUCACGAGUCCAUUCAAGUCCAGCUAGAGCAUUUUCAUCAUGUGGAAGUGCUUAUUCUAGAAACUAUCCGCGCAUCUACUCUGAUUAUUUCGUGCGUCGAUGUACCUGAAGCCACUAAGAUUCACAGUAGUGGUGACGACGCGUCCAUGAGGAACAAUAUAUCGAUGGGACAAAGUGACUUGUCAUACAUGUGGCAAUCCGUUCUCGCUAUUAGUGUCUGUACUUCUGCUCUCUUGAGCCUUGAGCCGCCCAGCUUCCUAUCCAUAGCUUUCUUGCAGUGCGGUCAGCUCGCCUGUUGUAUUGAGGUGCUACAUCAACUGGAAGAGUUGGAGGACUCGCGAAUUGAUCGCGCUCACGCACGGGCCGUCAUAGACCUACCCGUGCUCCUGGACCGCAUCGCCAAGAACCUUGAGAUGACUGCGAUUGAGGCGGGCGAGCAGGACAUGUGCCAUCCAGGCGGCGUAUUUACCCAGCUCGCGACAGGCAUUCGAGAUCUUCGUUCAUGCCUACAAUAUACCGCCGUCGAGCUUACGCGGCCAGGCCCAGCCGAGGUGUCAGGUUGUGGAGGUAGUAAUGUGGCCCAACCACUUCAGGGGCACUUGAAUACACAAGGCCCUGCCGGCCGCUUUUGGAUGAACCAACUCUUUCUAAGUUAAAUUCACCAACCGG